CAGCAAAUCAAUGUGUUGUGCUUUGUGUAAUUCAUUAUUGAUGGAUCUAUUUUCUUUCAGUAAUGUGAAAGGAGACGGGUAAGCCGGCUUCGUCUGGCCAGUAGUAAUCAACGGCAUGGAGAGCCGCUAUUUUGCUGUGUCCGGUGGGAAAGAAGUGUUUCCUUCACGCGAAGGUGCGCUGGCCUUAUGGAAACAAUUGAGCAAAACGGACAAAACUGCUCGAUUCAAGGGUUUCUCAACAUUGGAAGAGGCAACGGAAUUCGCCACAGCUGAUGUGGAUGUUGUUGAUGGUGCAAGUGGGGAAACGAGCGCAACAACAUCCAAUUCAGAUCCAGGAGCAUGCACCUAUCCCAAGCUAAAAGCACCAGCGUUGAACGCUUUCCGAAUUGCAAUGGAACGUGAUGACGAGGAAAAGGUGAAAGCUCUUGUUGAGGAGAACUCCCGCUAUCUGAUUGACUGCUCCGGCGACUUUCCAGUGCACCUGCACAAGGGAUGUCAGUACAAUGCACUGCAUGUGUGCGCGCGCAAGGAUAGACCGGCCCUUGCUCGCUUUGUCCUGGACACCGUGGCAUCGGAUGCCUUCUGGCUACGGACCUACCCGCUUGACUCGGAUGCCGUAAUGAAUCAACGGCGUGAUCACCUGAUAGACCUGUACCUUCAUGCACGCGACAAAGGAAAAGGGUUCACCGCGAUGCACUUUGCGUCUGAUCUCGGUCAUCAUCGUGUGUUGGACGUGUUGCUUGCUAAUCCCAAGACGGACACUCAAGUGCUGACACGUGACGGAAAGUCCAUUGCCGACGUGGCAUGCGAGCAUGGACCCUCGGGGCCGGGCGAGAGUGACCGUGCACGCUCCAUGAUCAUGGACAUGCUUGACGGGCAGUACUUUGUUCCCAUCCUGCGACCGGAGUCUUCUCCGGCCAUCCUCGGCCAGCCGUUUUCGCCCAGCAAGGGUGACAGUCCGCUGAGCUCGGUGGAUACAACGCCGGUGCACCACCCGCCGUCACCGAUCUGUGUCCACGGCCUGGCUGGGCCAAUGUCACCAUCUCGGGCACGUGACUUCUAUUCAUUGCUGAAACGACCGCGGUCACGUACAGACCGUCAGAUGCACAGUACUAUUCUGCGCAGCGACUGGGAACGCGGUAUGGAGAGACUGGGCCGGGAACAGGCUCACCGGCAUGGCGUCUGCUGGCAAGAACACUGGGCAUUCCUGAACAGUGACUGCGACCUGUCCUCUGACGCGGGCCUGCAAACCCUGGAGGAUUUCUUCGUCCACCAGGACACAUCGGCCCAGCCUACGCCGCCGCCAUCGGCGACCUCCGGCGAAGACAUGGUUGACUUUCACACACCGACACGAGAUGACAAGCCCGUUCCCGGGCACGCUUGUAGUGUUCUGACUCCGGAUAGCAAGCCGCUAUCAUCCGUGGACGACCUGGCAGCCUGUAUUGACAAGGUGUCUCUGAGCGAUCCCGCUGCUGAUUCUCCUUCCAACACUGAUAGUACUUCGGGCACUUCUGUUGCUCUGAACACCCCACCCGAUGUCAGUAGUACGUCGGUUACUACUGAUGCUACUACUGCUGCUUCUGCUUCUGUGAAUACUCCCACCAGUGAUGAUGGUGACCGCCGUUCCGUCCUGCUGGAUUCUCCAUCUUCUGAGGUUCCCGCUGGCUUGGAUGAUGAGCAGCCAGUUCCUGGUGUCGCUGAGUGCUCCGCGCCAUUGUACAUUUGCGGGAUGGAGCCCAGCAAGCUGGAUGAAGACGUUCUCCUGGCCAUUGGCGAUGCUGUCGUCGAUCCAGCUCGCUUCCCGCACGUAGCCCAAUGGCAUCGGAGAACGCAGCUGCACCCUACUGACGAACGCUCCAAGUGGAGGACGCCGAAGAAGUUCAAACUACUGACAGCCAGUAGUUAUCAACCCCUGGAUGCCAGUCCACUUGCAUCUCCCCUGGCUCCUGCCAACAUGUCACCUAUGUCAGCCAACAUGCUGGGCUCUCGUAUGCUACUGGGUGCCGGUACUGGCUCUCCACGUCUGCGUCAGAUGCUGAGCCCUGGUGGUGACAAGGCGCGCACGAUCUCGCUGCAAGAACGCUUGGCGAUCAACCGCACCGCUGCAUCACCGCGUCGCUUGGACUGCGAGUUUGCCAGUAUGUAGCCUGGGACCCUACAGCUGCUGUGUUAUCCGUGUGCCGGUGGUGUAUGUGCUAUGUAGCCUAGAGCCCUGGAACUGUACUAGGUCUAUGUGCUGCAGUUGGUGAGUAGCUGUGUGUAAUGGCAUGCACUUGAGAACGGGUGGAACUGGCACCAUCGCACACACAAACUCGCUCUCGUCCGCUUGAUCUCAUCGUGUUGAACGUGCCAUGCCGUACACACGCACACACACACCGUGCACGUACACCACACCCAUGCAUGCACACAUACGGGUACGCAAACAAGCAGGUGUGCCGUGUGUGUGUGUGUACGCCGCCCAUGGUCUACACGAGUGCUGUUCGUGUGAACAUGUAGUACUCCGUGUCAGUUGAUGUUGCCCUAGGAAACAGCUGGCCUGUUUGCACGAAAUGAAGCUCGCCACUGCUGAUAAUGACACACUCCUUGUAGACAGAGAUAUUGGUGGCAUUCAUGCUUGCUGCAUCCUACCUUCCUGCCAGUUGUUCUGCUCAGCGUCAUGUUGCUGGUCUGUUGGACACCAUUUGCCUGCCUGUAGUGUUCCAUUCCAGCUCGUGCUCCACCUUUGCAUUGUGCAGCACUCCUUAUAGACCGAGAUAUCAGUGGCAUCCAUGCUUGCUGCAUCCGACCUGCCUGCCAGGUGUGUCCAGCGUUGUGUCUCUGGUCUGUUCGACACUAUGUAGACAAAUUGUGUCUGUAUGUAAUGUUCCAUCCUAGCAUGUGCUCCAGCUUUGCAUUGUGCAGCUCUGCAGUGUCCAAAAUGGCUCACAUGCAGCACAGUUUAUUUUUUGACCCUGGCUUUGACAGCCAGGAGGGCUUGCUUGUUUUUGUUGUGCCAUUUGUAACUUCUCUUAACUUUCUAAUUUCUUUUACCGUGCCUCUGCAGAUGGUAGACAGCUGAUAUUCAAUUAUUUUAAACCAAGCCCCUGAAAGUGCUUCCGUUUUUUAUAAGUCCAAAUCCCGUA